UUCCUUGGCGGGCAGCAGCGGUGCGCUGUGCACGUUGCACACACACUGCUCCUUGCAGAGUGGGUAUAAAAAAGUCGGCCGCCAAAGUUACGUGAAUAGAAAGCACGCAGCACAAACACUUUCACAUUUCUCGAGCGCCGCCGUGUCCUCAGCUCGAUCGUCUGCAGUCUCAUCGCGCUGCUCGAAGCACCCACAGCUCUUUCCGUCGGACUUCCCCACAGAUUUCAGAUCUCUCCUUUUGAGAUGUGGAGGAGACACAGUACCAUCGCCUGCUUCCUCGCUUUUUCCAUGCUGUUGCACAGCAUUAAUGCAAGGCCAGUCGACCAAGUUAACGCGAUAUCAAGCUUUGAGGUGCCAGUGCAAAAUGGAAGCAACAGUCUGAACGGAGUGCAGAAAUUAAUUUAUGAUUACCUGGAGCCAAAGCCCAUUGUGGAUACGAUUAAAGAGGAGGAAAAGUAUGGCAACCAGGGUGACGUCCUCGGAGGUGUUGGAAGGGCCAUCGUGGGCGGCACCGAAUCGCUCACCGUUUUCGCCGCCAACGCCGUCAGCCUUCCCGGCUCGCUUUUCCGCAGGGCUGUCAACAGACUCACUGAAAACCUCAGCCGGAUGGGUGCCUCCAUUGUUGGACUUUAAAUACACCAGCAAUAAAGUUUUCGCUCAAAUUUAGAAAUUAUUGAAAUAAAAAUUUCCAAAUGCCUCACAUUUUCCGGGGCAGUGAUUUCUGUAUUUAUUUACGAGUAUGUAAUUUGCUCAGUCAUUUAUUUGAUCUUCAGUGAAUUUUACCGCACACAAAUCCUGAUUUUUAUACGUCCAGACUGGUGAUUUAAGCUUAAAUAUUUCUUUCUUGCUGAAACGUGCAGUCGUGAUUUCAUUGUGUCAUCCAUUUCAAGUCUCUAGAUUUUCGUAGAUUUCCACUAUCAUAGAUGUAGCUUUUUACGUAAUAAAUGAAAUAAAAAUAA